CCAAUCUCCCAUAGCAAUGGCUCCCUCAGAGUACUUUAUCAGACUGCAAAAGGGUAUCAUAGGCGGCUUCGCUCCCCCUACCCCAUCUGCGAUCCUGAAACUGGUCAAGAGCGCAGGGGAUUCGAACAUCAUCGUGAGCGAAUCUACCCGCCCAGAUGGCCAGCCGGAAUUGCAACAGCAACCCGAGAAAACCCUCGACGCGUCAGAUGGAAAGGUAGAGAGUCUUAUAACGGAGCUUUAUGAGAUCCUGAAAAACCUACCAAUGGAGAGUCCGCCGGGGUCGGAGGAUAUCUAUCGAAUGGAUACUUCUAUUGCAUUGGGCAGUGAAGAUUUGGAAUGGCAUAAUGGUGGGCCGCAGGGGUGUGUGGGAGACACGAGCUAUGUACAGCCUUCUGAGGAGCAGCGUGCCGGGUUCAGGAGGGCGGUUGAUGUUGUGUGGGAGUUGGUGGGGAUGGCGAACCCCUAAGUGAGUGUUAAGGGAUGUUGUCCUUUGUCGACUUUGUGGUUAUCGCUGUUCCUUUUCUGGGGGUACUGUGUGGUUGCUUGGUGGUCGAUAUUUCCCUUGGGCUGCUGGCAGCAUAGGUCCCCGGCUUGAAAUGAUUCUUGGAUAUUCUUUCAUGCUCAUGAAUCUUACUUGAAAUUUGAAGAAUGUCCUAUCUCCGAAACUCUCAUAGCAUGGGUUUCUGAAUAAACUUGAGGACUGUCAC